AUGUCUACCAGAAUCGGAAACGGAAUUAGCAGGAACUCUGCCUGGAUAGUAGUGGCCCUGACUUUGGGUCUGGUGUCCCUGGCCUGGGCUGAAGGCAACUACGAAAUGGAUUACUCCAAUGAGUAUGACGAUGUGCGACCUCAUCUGGUCUAUCCAGAUGAUCCCAGGCUGGACAAGCGCAUUGGAGACGCAGCAAGGGAAUUUGGCCAGAACAUUACCCAGGCCUGGCAGUCAAUGGUGGACUCCUUCAAGAACUAUUUCGAGGAGUUGAAGAACCUAUUCAGUGAACCCACCGAUCCCAAUGCGGCUAAUGAGGUCUUUUCGGCGCACUAA